AAUCACCAAUUCCUUCUGCAAAAGCAGCCUCUGCAUUUUUGUCUGUCUGAAUGCUACAGCAGCACGGGGGGAAAAGAUUGUGGAUAAGGCAAAAACUGAAGAAAUGUGACAAUUCAACGGUCAUUUUCAUGGCGAAGGCAAAACUGGUACGAAAGGAGUUAUUCUUGGACUCCUUUGAGCCUCGAAACGCUGGAUCAAAAUGCUCAUAGUGGAGAAGACCACAGACUUCCCCUCUGCUGAGUUCUCUCUGGUGGAGGAUGUGGCUCUGCACUUCACCUGUUUGAUGGACAGGCUGAAUGAGCAGCGCCUCUUCCAGCCUGACCUGUGUGACGUCGACAUCGUUCUGGUGCGUCAGCACAGCACCUUCCCAGCCCACAAGGGCGUGCUGGCGGCCUACAGCCCUUUCUUCCACUCCCUUUUCGCCCAAAGCAAACAGCUGCGGCGGGUGGACCUGUCGCUGGACGCCCUGACCUCACAGGGCCUGCAGCAAAUCCUCAACUUCAUUUACACCUCCAAACUGUUGGUGAGCAGCCGCACUGUCCGUGACGUGUUAAACGCGGCCACCCUGCUUCAGAUGAGCGACAUCGCAGCCUCCUGUCGCGACCUCAUCAGCAGCCACUCGCUGAGAACCACCUGCGCAGAUAUGGCCAAUCAGGAAGGGCUCGGCAGCGGUGACCCAGCCGCUGUUGCGAUUCCCACCAGCCAGCUGUACCGGGAGAUCAAGCAGGAGUCGGAGCUAGGCAGGGUGUACACGAGGGAGGGCAGCAGCCCGUUUUCUGUUCGAGUGGAGGAGGCAGGAAAGACGCCCUCCCAGCAGAAGCAGUACUACCAGAAGGAGGAGGGGACAGGGGGCGGGGGCAGCACAGGUGCUUUGUGCAAAGUAGAGGGUAAUGGAGAGGAGUCAAAGAACACAGAUGGCCACUCCUCCUUCAACAGAGAUCAGAUCAUCGUUGAAGUCAACCUCAAUAACCAGACCCUUAAUGUGUCAAAAGGAUCAGAGGGCAAAUCAGCAACCGCCACAGAGACAGCCACCAUGUUUAGUCGUCGCCGUGACAACGACAGAGAUUCAGAGGAUGAUGAGGAGAAUGAGGCAGAGAAUGAUGAUGCAGUUGAAGAGGAUGAGGAUGACCUGAAGAGGGGAGACAUACUGGGGCAGAGCAGCGAGGAGGAGGAUGAAGAGGAGGAUGAAGAAGAGGAAGAAAACACCCUAAACAUUCCAGGUUUAGAGCAGACGGCCAUGAUGGAUCGACCUCGGCGGGGCACCAGAAGCUUAGCCAUGGCGGGAACCACAGCCUCCAUGCGGCAGACGCUGGUGGAGGCCACGCUAGCCAACCAGCGACCAGGCGGGAAGAGGACUCUGGACGCAGAGGGCCUGGGCCAGAAAGUGAGGCUGGAGGAGAAGCAGCAUUUCCCGUGUAAGAAAUGCCCUCGCGUCUUCAACAACCGCUGGUAUCUGGAAAAACACAUGAACGUCACUCACAACCGCAUGCAGAUCUGUAAUAACUGCGGGAAACGCUUCCUGCUGGAGAGCGAGCUGCUGCUGCACCAACAGACUGACUGUGAGAAGAGCAUCCAGUGUGUAACAUGUGGCAAGGCCUUUAAGAAGCUGUGGUCAUUACAUGAGCACAACAAGAUUGUCCAUGGCUACGCUGAGAAGAAGUUCUCAUGUGAGAUCUGCGAGAAGAAGUUUUACACCAUGGCUCAUGUCAGGAAGCACAUGGUCGCCCAUACGAAGGACAUGCCAUUCACCUGUGAGACGUGCGGGAAGUCGUUCAAGCGCAGCAUGUCCCUGAAGGUUCACUCUCUGCAGCACUCAGGAGAGAAACCCUUCAAGUGUGAGAACUGUAGUGAGCGCUUCCAGUAUAAAUACCAGCUGCGCUCCCACAUGAGCAUCCACAUUGGACACAAGCAGUUCAUGUGCCAGUGGUGCGGAAAGGACUUCAACAUGAAACAGUACUUCGAUGAACACAUGAAGACACACACUGGAGAGAAGCCGUACAUCUGUGAGAUCUGUGGGAAAAGCUUCACGAGCCGACCCAACAUGAAGCGCCACCGCCGCACCCACACUGGAGAAAAGCCGUACCCCUGCGAGGUGUGUGGCCAGCGCUUUCGCUUCUCCAACAUGCUCAAGGCCCACAGGGAGAAAUGCUUCCGUGUCAGCAACCCCAUGGUCUCAGACGGCAACGACCCCCUCGGCCUCGACCAGCCGCUGGCCUCGCCUGCUGUGGACUCUUCCGGUCAGGUCCAGCUGGGGACUGCGCUUCCCGCCACGUCUGUGACCACACCCGCUGCUGCCUCUAGCCCCCACCCUCUCCACGGCACCCAGCUGUCUCUCCCCCUGCUGCACCCCAUGGGUGGGCUGCCUCCAACCCCUCAUUUACCCCCACCGCCUCCCCUGUUCUCUGCCGGUAGGAUGAACUCCAACAACUAACAAAUCUCUGUAGCAUUGAAAGCACUUUGUUACUUUUGUUUUUCUUUGAGCUUUUAAGAGGACUCAUGCAGCGGGAGAGUGAUGCACCUCAGUGACAUUUAUAGAGUGGAAAAACUGAUUGAAGGCUUCGUGGAGGCCUCAUAAAAACACACAUACAACUACCACAAUAAGAAAGAGUUAUUUUUUACUCUGUUGAAUACAAUAGAUAACCUCAGUGUCCAGUAGGACAUGUCGUCAUCACUCUUCUCCUCGUGAAUUUCUCAACUCUGUCCUGGUUUCAUUUGGGAUUUUCCGACACCACACACAUCUCUCCAGAGCCUUGCACAAUGCAUUGAUUGUAGCAUCUUUUACAAAGUGGGAGGAAGAGUUUCCUAUAUCUUCACUCAUACGGGGUUCAACGGUGAUGAGGAUUUUAUUUUUUUUUUUCCAUUCUCUGCCAAGAUGUAGCGAGAAGUUCUGGUUCUGACCCAGCAAUAACCAAAUGCUGAUUUGUCUUUGAGCAUAUACAUGUAUAUGGCAUUGCCAAUAACCAAAUCCUGUUAGCUCACCUGCUAUAGUUAGGUAAUGUUAUACAGCAUUUAUAAUCAAUCCUGCACCUUACAUUUAACUCUAAGUGAUAUUUAAAAUGUACUCCUAAUUGUCUUCAUUUUUAUAAUUGUGAUAGUGUGUAAUUCGUGGCACGUUAACGUCAAUUUGUAAGGACAUAAGAGAAGUCGUGACAGAGCGUGGAGAAUCGACCAUGCAAUGCAGUGUGUGGUGUUUGUGACAGUGUGUGUGUGUGUGUGUGAUUGAGAGAGAUGUGAAGCAGAGAUGGGAGAUGAUAAUACUCAGAUCUACAUUCAGCUAAUUAACGCUUGAGCUUCCCCAAAUCAGGAGAUGGAGUAAUUUGUUGACUUUCAUCUUUUGCUUACAUUAAGCAAGCUCGCUCCUCUCCUGUAGAUCUGGCUUUGAGGCGAUAUGGCACUUUUCUGUGACUUGUUAGUAAAACCUAAUGUACUCAGACCUACAGUAUAUUUGUAGGUUUAAUCCUAAUGUCAAUGUUAACUUACAGCUCAUUUCCCGACUAAACCCAAUCUGUGUAAUUAGUUUGCAAAAUACCGACUGUGUAGGGAUAAUAAUAUUCACAAAAAACCUGCUUAUGUAGCUCAUUAAGUGUGUACAUUUCAUCAUGAUGUAUAUUGUGAAAUGAUUAACAUUAUAUUCCAAUGCCUAAAUCUCUUAAAGAGCACUGACAGUUAUUACUUUUGGCACAACAGAGCUCAUCACUAAAAGGGCUCCUAACUGUUACAUCACUAUUACUAGUCAACUGUGACCUGUAGAGGCUAAACAAAGUUAUGGACAUGCAAUAUAAUGUGGUGUAACACCCCUCAAAAAGUUGUGGCUCUGUGUGCACUUUUGACAGUUGUCAUAAAUCUACUGGAGUAGAACUAAAGGAAUUGUAAUCAAAUUCUUGUCAGUAAAAUUGUCUUUAAGGAACAUUUUAGGAUAUAGGCUUAUUUGCUUUCUUGGAGAGAGAUUAGAGGGUCAUACUAUACAUUCUCAUACCUGUCCAUCAAAUACAGAACUAUAUAUUAGCCUAGAAUCUGUGGUUGUGCCAUGACAGUGAGCUAGUUUGUGAGCUUUAAAGGUGCUGGUAUGUGGCUUUAUGCUAAACUAAGUUAACUGCGGCUACUUAGCUUAGCAUAAAGACUGGAAACGAGGGGGAACAGCUAGCCUGGCCUGGCUCAAAGGUUUAAAAAAUCUGCCUCUGUAGCUGGUUAUACUUGCUUGUUUAAUUUAUGUAAAAAACAAAGUUUAAAAAUGAUAAUUUUACUGUGCUGUGACUUCUUGAGGUAACCAUAAAUUGUUGCUUUUACACUGUUUUUUGUACAGAUGAAACAAACAAGAUAUAACAUGAUACAAAGUAAAGCUGUUACCCUGAUUUUGUUACCUUCAUGCUGAGCCUAGCUAGCUGUUUGCUCCUGUUUCCAGUCUUUAUGCUAAGCUAGGCUAAACUGUUGCUUGCUGUAUCUUAAUAUUAAAUCAACAGGCAUACGAGUGGGGUAUCAAUCUUCUCAUCUAAUCUUCAACAAGAAGGCAAAUAGACAUAAUUCCCAAAAUGAAAUUUCAAUCAGUUUCUUAUCCAAAAAGAGUCUCUGUGCACUAUUGAUGCACUCCCGCUCACUUUACCUAUAGCUAGUCUACUUGUAGUGUAGCAUUAACCUGUAAAUAUUGUUAAGAUGUGUUUCUUCCUUGUGAUUAAUUCCUCAUGUUUACAUUUGGAGAGUCAGUUGAAUGUGCCCCCACGUGUCUUGGCUGGUGCUAGCGGAAGUUGGAAUUUAUGGAUUAAGCUUUUGUAAAUGUAAUAAGCUGUUAAUUGUUUUAUUUAAAAAGACACAUUUAAGCACCUUAGUGUAGUCUUAUGUCUUAGCUCACCCCAGUUAAAUGUAUUUGUUAAACUGCCAUGGUUAAAUGGUUAGGGCCACAUCAGAUGUUAUUUGAUAAUGGUACGUUUGAAUUAUUUUCUUCAUGUGUCAAACACACGUUCUGUAUUUUGAUUUGCUGCUUUUGUACAGGGUCCAGUUUGAGACUGCCCUUUAAAUGAAAAGUCUAGAGCUGUUGAAUUGUUGGCUGUGAUGAAUCCAAUUUCGCCUUACUGGACAGUGAGCUCCAGAAAUGAGCUACAGUUUAGAUAUUUGGAGCGGUUUUAGGAGGUAACUGUCAACAUUUUAUACCCAUCUAAGGUCUGAUCUUGUCAUUGGUAGAUGGGGAGGGUUGUUAACACAGACAGGGAUAAAGGCAACCUGUCAAUGUCACACAAACAUAAGGACUGUUGCUCUCUUGUGGCAACUCAGUAAAUUGCACUCAAAAGCCUCCCUCAGAGUACAUUAUCAUUCAUAGUUAUCAUUGGAGAAGCCCAUUGUACUUUGAGAUCAUAAGAAACAGCUAAAAAUCCACUUAGCGACUAUUUUCCCACUUCACUGUUUUGAGAAGCACUAGCCCAAGAGACAAUACUGAAAUACUGUGGUUAUAGCUUGUGUGUUUGCCUUAUAUUUGGAGGGAUUUGAAUGUUUUUUGUUUUAUGGAUGGUGAUAGUAGCUGACAGUAAAGGAGGAGGGAUAGUAGUUAAUACUACUGAUUUAUGCACUUUGAUUGCCACACUAGCCCAUAACGGGGACAUGUAUGCAGAUAAAAGAUGAAAAAUAGAAAGCAGAGAUGUGUAAUUGUGGAAAAAUCUAAAUCCAAAGGCAAACAUUUUACAUUUAAAUGUACCAGGUGGCUUUUGAUGCUCGUAAAUUAUUAUGAAAAUCUGGAAAUCACAGUGAUUUUCUCUGUAUUAUUUGUUUAAAAUUGGUCAGAAGUUGUGGUGGGUAACUUGCAGAAGUGGCAGACCUGGACCUGACCUGUGCUUUUGUUUCCUAGAAUAACUUAGUGGAUCAUUUGCUGUGGUGUGGCAUCCUGCUCACUGAGGACAACUCAGCUGUGAGCAGUCAGUUAUGUGUCACCCUGCGGCUAAACUGGUGUUUCUAUGUUUCAGUCUGCCUGUUUUGCACUGUGCUGUUCUUUAACAAGUAUUUGUGACUCCUCCCUGAGGGUGCAUUCAGUACAGCUAUGGCUGUUUGUGGUUGGUUUGUUCCCUGAUCACUACCAUAAUCAAGAGAAAUUUUAGGUCUUACCAGUUUACUCCUAUUGAAGGAACUUAAUUUAUGACUGUUAUAUUUCAUGCUAUGAAAAUAUGUAAAGGAAUUUGCCAAAUUGAUUAAUUAGAAAGAUAUUCAUUAUUAUGAGCACUUUAUACUCCAGUUCAGUUAGUAGGGCUUGAAGGCUAAUACAGUAGCAGUCAUUUGAAAAAAAAAAAAAAUCUGCUGAUGGUAGGUGUGUGUGUCUUUUUAAAAAAUAUUUCCAUGGCAGAAGAUUAUAGGAAAUUACAAAAAUGCAGUUUCUGCCAGAAUUUUGUUCUUGGCAGGUGUUCAGUCCUCUGAAACAGCAUUUGAACCAAAGGGACGACAAAACUGUUUGUUCAGGCCCCACAAAAAUAAAAGUCCUACAGUGUGUACCUGCUUGGAAUCAGAUUGAAAUAAUGUUAUACUAGAAUCUAUUGAAGUCAUGGGUUUCCACACAAGUGCAGUAUUAAUCAGUUGCUGGAAUGAUAAAUCAAACAAAUGGCAUCAUAUUGUUUUUUGUUUGUUUUUCAAGAUUUAUCUAAUUGGUUAAAGGGUAAAAGGAUGGUAAAUUAUUUGUUUUAUCCCACUAUAUUACAUACAUUAUAUAGUGCAGUAUACAAUAUCCAGAGGCAGUUUAGAGACUGACCUGGCUAUGAAAGUCCAAAUCCACCCAGAAUUUGCAUGUUAAUCCUUUGUCUUGGAUUAUUUAGCAAACAUGUCUUCCCUAAAUCCAGCUGCAAACCUGUCUGUACAUAGAGACAUUACUUCAUAGAGACACAUUUGUGGACCCAACAAAUCAUUUUUGUUUAAGUGUCUAUUUUAACUCAGUGUUUUACAGUAAAUGGCAGUAAAGCUGAGAUUCUUGUAAGUGAGAAGGGACAUUUUGCACAGUGUUUAGGAGUCCUGUAUUCUAGGCAGGUAGGCUUUAUGUCUUUUAAUUAGCCAAAUUCUCCUUUACUAAGGCUAGCAGCCAAAGGCUUGUAUUAGAUUAGGCCAAGGUGGACCUGCUCUUGUCCUUAAAUGAGGGUUUGUCUGUGAUUAAGUGGGUGCCUAGACACCACCAUAGUGACUGUGCAUUCUGCAUUGCACCCAAGGCAAAUGUUUGUCACACAAUGAAGCAUUGAGAAUGGCAGUUGUUGCAAAGCAGAGAGUGCUCAUGGGAUUGCCAAGUUGAGUCUCCUCUGGGACUUGUAAUUUUGGGUUUAGCUGCCAGAGCAGAAAUGUGUGAAUCCAAAAGGAUUUGAUUCUGUGGCCUUCAGCUUCCAAGAAAAUGGGAAUAUCAAUGACCAUCUGAAUUCCAUAACAAUCACUAAAGUUUCAGGAAGAAAGAAAGAAAGCAAUGUAUGUUUGUAAGAAUUUGAAGAUGUGUUACUCUUUUGAAGAAGAAACAGGUUUCCUUUAGGAAAAAAAAAAAAGAGGAAGAGUUUUGUUUUUUUAAUUUUUACGUACUUUGGGCAAACUUAUGGAGCCACAAACCUGACAAAAGGUUAUCAGAUGAGUCAAAAAAAAAAGUUAAAAAAUCACUGACUACAUUAAUACAUUAUAUUGUCAGUUAAAUUAGUAGCUGUAAAGUUUAGUCAAUUAGUCGACAGACAAAAAGUAUUCUGCACGUGAUCAAAGUUCACUUUUGUUUUUGAUGAAAAUGUUACCGUCUAAUUAGCAUUAGCUGGCUAACUUAAAAUGAUAAAAUGCUUUAGCUGCUGCCAGAAGAGAUUAUACAGCAGUGUUUUCAGUUAAGCUAACCUGCCACAUAGUCCUCUCAUUCACUCCACUAAUGUUAAAACACAAACCCUGAACCCAUCACAGCUUUGGACACAUGAAGGUGCUCAUCUCAUCAUAUGCAUUAGAAAAAUUGGAAAUGUGGUGAGGAAAGUGGGACAUGUUGCUAAAAAUAAAAAGGAAACUACGGACCUGGGGAAAAAAGUAAAAGUAUGGAGCUUUAUAUUUCUUUUUACACUGCAUUUAAAUAAUUUAACUGACUGUAUUAUUUAUUUAUGUGGUCAGUUAUAUUUUUGACUCAUCUGAAAAUGUUUUACCAUAUUUUGUCAGUCACUGGGCUUACAAAAGAACAUGAAAUUGGAAAACAAAGUGUUGUUGGUUGUUUAGCAUGUGAAAGUUCAGACAGUUGUUCUAAUACUUUUGUUUCAAUGGUGUCUUUUCCCCUUUUUGGGCAAAGGUAUAUAUAACGAUAACCAUAGGCACCAGUGCCGUAGCCAAUUUAAAAAUGUAUUAUCCACAUACCCCCUACAUUUCCCAUACUUAAUCAUUUUGCAACUGUGUUAAAGAAAUCAUAAUGUGUACUGUUAUUUGCUGAUUCUCUACUUUAUAAUGUAAACACUAUGUCUUAGUUAACUCUGGUGUACAAAGACCAUGUGUAGGCAGUAGUUGUCAAGUUCAGCUAUAUUAAAAUACUAAAAACAGUACAAGGACAAUAGUGUCUAGAGGUGCUAAUAACAUUAGACUGUAUUUUCUGUCUUUUAUUGUAUUAUUGACUAGUGUCUACCGUCUGUAACACAGCAGAGCGUAAUGAAAUCAUUUCAAUAUUAAACAGUAUAGAUAUAUUAUUGCAAA